CCCCUCUUUGUGUUGCAUUAGAGACAUCUAGUGGUGUAAAUUUAUAUUGCAUUUGAGUUCUCAUAUUUAGUCCCUCCUCUCUUGCCGUUGUUUUUGCCCGUGUGCUUCUGACUCUGAUCUACUGAGAGGUCUCGCAGCAGUUACUCUUUUCUCUUUGCCUUGGUAGUUUUUGAAGGUCUAAGUCUUUUUACAAAAUUGGAAAGAUCCUUACUAAAGGCCUCUCUCUACUCCGGUUUCCUGGGUCUUUAUUUAUUGGGUCUUAUGUUAGCUAUCUGCUACGCUAACCGAUCAAAGCAAGAGCAGAAUAGUAAAAAGACUUAAAAUUCAGUCUGCUACCAUAAGAAAAGUGAGAUAUCAACACUGCAGCCCAGAAGUGCAGCAUAGAUUCAACAAUCUAUCAUGGAGGAAAAAAGUGAAGAAAAACCUCUGCUAUAUCCAGAAGAUGGACAGUCUCAACACUCCUACCAUACCAGAAGCUCAACCCAUUCUAGCCGUGCCUCAGCACACGGUUCUGCUGCCACGAGAGCUAGAGCUAAAGCGGAAGCUGCAAAAAUCAAAGCUGCAUAUGCACAAAGAGAAGCAGACAUGCUAAUAAAGCAAGCACGGUUAGAAGCAGAAGAAUUUAAAAGAAAAACUGAGCUUGAAGUGGAACUGAAACGUAGGACAACUGAGUUACAGGCCAACCUCAAAGCACUGAAAAUACAGGGCGCUGCUGAAGCAGCUAUUACAGAGGCUGAAAUCCUUGAAGCAGCUUAUGAGGAAGAAGUUGGAAAACCAACACAGCAGAAUGUGACCAAAUUAGCUCCAUAUCACUCACAUCAACGCACUAGUGAGUAUGUGCAACAACAUUCGCUGGAACAUGGGGAGCAACAGUCUCAACUCAUGGAACCACAAUGCAUCUUUACACCAGAGCACCAGACAAACAUGGACAACGGUGAUACAGAUAAUCGUGGAAUCCAAACACACAGUUGGGAAGAAAUAAGCGACGGCAUGUUCCAAGAAUUAACAGCACAACGCCAAAGCACGAGCACAGCCUACGCUCAGCAAAGCCAUGCAAGCCCUUUGAAGUUCUACCAAAAUGAGUGCCGCCCUCUACAGACUCGCAUCACACCAACAGAAGGUAAAACCUACUUCAUGCCCUCUAGAGCACCCCUGCAUGAUCAGUCAGACACAAAAGACUUAGCCAGAUACCUGAUUCGCAAAGAAAUAAUUAGCUCUGGGCUCUUAAAGUUUGACGAUAAACCAGAGAACUACUGGGCCUGGAAAGCUUCCUUUGUCAACUCCACCAGUGAUCUGAACUUAACCCCCAGGGAAGAGCUAGAUUUACUGACAAAAUGGCUGGGACCACGGUCUACAGAGCAGGCUAAACGGAUCCGUGCAGUUCACAUCAAUAAUGCCAGCGCAGGACUCAAAAUGGUGUGGCAGAGAUUGGAAGAAUGCUAUGGAUCAGCAGAAAUGAUAGAAAACGCUCUGCUUAAGAAGUUAGAGGAGUUUCCAAAAAUAUCAAACAGGGACAAUGAGAAGCUGUGGGAGCUAGGGGACCUGUUGCUAGAGCUGGAGGCAGCCAGGAAAGAUGGAUUCUUACCUGGAUUAUCUUACCUCAACACACCACGGGGAGUCAAUCCCAUCGCACAGAAGCUUCCCUAUAACCUUCUGGAGAAAUGGAUUGCAGUCGGCUCUAAAUAUAAAGACGAACAUCAGGUUCAAUACCCCCCCUUUUGUGUCUUUGUAAAGUUUAUCAGAGACCAAGCAAAGACAAGAAAUGACCCCAGCUUUGUCGAACUGACCAUGAGUGGUUCAGUCAAGACGGAUAAACCUCUGAAACCCACCAAACCGUAUGUGUUCACCAGGAAGACUGAGGUUUCUUCAGAAAGUGGUGAUAAGCAAAACAUUAGGGAAGAAAAGGUUGAGGAUCCAGAUAGAUUAUGUCCGUUACAUAAUAAGCCCCAUCCUCUAAGAAAAUGCCGUGGCUUUCGCAGCAAGACCGUAGAUGAACGAAAAGCUUACCUCAAAGAGAAACACAUUUGUUUCAAGUGUUGUGCCUCAACAAAUCAUCUCGCCAAGAACUGUGACAAAUCUGUGCAGUGCAAAGAGUGCAACAGCAACAAACACUUAGCUGCGCUUCACCCAGGGCCAGUGCCAUGGAAGUCAUUCAGCUCUGCCGUCAAGGAGGAUCAUGGCGGGGAGCAGCAGGAAGAUGAGACUCCAGAGGUUAUGUCAAAGUGCACAGAAGUCUGCGGGGACUCAUUCGGUUCCCGAUCAUGCUCCAAAAUAUGCUUGGUCCGAGUCUACCCUGCAGGCCAAAGGGAGAAAGCUGUUAAAGCAUACGCUGUCCUUGAUGAGCAGAGUAAUAAGUCUCUGGCCAAGACCGAGCUGUUCGACCUUUUGGGCAUUGGAGCAAAUGCCGCACCAUACACCCUUAAAACAUGCUCAGGGAUUGUGGAAACAUCAGGAAGACGUGCAAACAACCUCAUAGUUGAGUCAAUAGAUGGAAAGGUACAGAUCUCACUUCCAUCACUCAUAGAGUGUGACAUGAUGCCAGACGACCGUUCAGAGAUUCCCUCAGCAGAAAUAGCACAGCACUAUUCCCACCUCAAGCCAAUUGCGGAUAAAAUCCCAGCCAUUGAUCCGGAUGCAGCCAUUCUUCUUCUACUCGGCAGAGAUAUACUGUGCGUACACAAAGUACGUAAACAGUAUAAUGGACCCAACAAUGCUCCAUAUGCCCAACAACUUGACCUCGGCUGGGUCAUUGUUGGAGAGGUAUGUCUCGGAGGGGCCCACAAGCCUAGCAGCAUUAAUGUUUACAGGACUGAUGUCCUACCUACUGGCCGUACGUCUUUCCUUAGACCAUGUCAUAGUGUUAUUCACAUCCGGGAAAAGUUUGACAAGAGGAGAUCAAGUCACAGUGUACAAACCUUGAAAAAGAUGGACAUACUGGCAGAUGACAUUGAUGAUCUUGGAAGCACAGUAUUCAAAAGAACAAAAGAGGAUGAGAAAAUAGCUUUGUCUGUUGAAGAUCAAGCCUUCCUUGAGAUCAUGGACAAAAACGUUCACAUGAAUGAUGCAAACAGUUGGGUGGCUCCCUUACCAUUUCAUUCCACAAGGCGCCGUCUCCCAAAUAAUAGAGAGCAAGCAGCCAAACGUCUCUCAUCUCUGUGUCGCACUUUGGAAAGAAAGCCAGACAUGAAAAAGCAAUAUAUGGAUUUCAUGCAGAAAAUCUUCGAGUCAAACCAGGCAGAACUAGCUCCGCCAUUGAAAGAGAAUCAAGAGUGCUGGUAUCUACCAACAUUUGGUGUCUACCACCCUAAGAAGCCAGACCAAAUACGGGUGGUGUUUGACUCCAGUGCCAGGGAGCCUUUUGCAAUCACUGCAGAUGUGCAACAGAUGUUUUAUUGUUUCACAGUCUGUGAGGAACACCGUGAUUUCCUAAGGUUCUUGUGGUUUGAAGAUAACGACUUCACAAAACCAGUGACUGAAUACCGGAUGACAGUACAUGUAUUCGGUAACAGCCCUUCACCAGCUGUGGCCAUUUAUGGCUUGAGACGGGCAGCACAAGAAGGACAAAAAGAACAUGGCCAAGAUGCUAAGCAGUUUGUCAUGCGGAACUUUUACGUGGAUGAUGGACUCGCCUCAUUCUCCACAGCAGUAGAAGCCAUCGACAUUCUGAAAAGAACAAGGGAGAUGUUAGCUGAGUCAAGCAUCAAGUUGCACAAGAUAGCAUCAAAUAGCAGCACUGUUAUGAACGCUUUCCCAUCUGAAGAUCGUGCCAAAGAUCUUAAGGAUCUGGAUCUGUCAUCUGAUCCUUUGCCUUUUCAACGCAGUCUAGGCCUCAGAUGGGACCUGCAAACAGACAGCUUCUCCUUCUGCGUGUCUGAUGAGGAAAAGCCAUUCACUAGAAGGGGAAUUCUUUCAACGGUCAACAGUGUCUACGAUCCCUUGGGAUUUGUGGCACCAAUCACGAUUCAGGGAAAGGCUCUGGUGAGAGAUAUCUCCAUAGAAGAGUACGAUUGGGACACUAAACUACCAGACGUCAAAAUAACCCAGUGGAAAGCCUGGAAAGAUUCCUUGAUGGAACUUAAGCUACUUCAGAUCCAGAGGACCUACCUUUCUGUUUCUCUGCUUGCCACUGUACACAGAGAAAUUUGUGUCUUCGCAGAUGCAUCGACUUUAGCUAUAUCAGCUGUAGCCUACCUUAAGGCAGUUGAUACAGAAGGACGCAGUCAUGUCGGGUUCAUUAUGGGGAAGUCCAAGCUGGCUCCACGUCCUGCGCACACUGUUCCUCGUUUGGAGCUGUGUGCAGCUGUCUUGGCAACAGAGCUUGCAGACCUGAUAAUGGAUGAAAUCGAUGUGGAGAUUCACACAGUCAAGUACUACACAGAUAGCAGGAUUGUCCUUGGCUACAUUCAUAACACGUCUAGGAACUUCUAUGUAUAUGUUGCAAACAGAGUGACAAGAAUCAGGAAGUCCUCGCACCCUAAUCAGUGGCACUAUAUCAGCACCAGCCAUAAUCCUGCAGAUCAUGGAUCCAGGUCAGUCCCAGCCGCUCUCCUAAAAGACACCAACUGGUUUUCAGGUCCAGCUUUUCUGACAAAACCUGAGUCGGAUGAGUCUCCUCAGCUAGAGAUAUUUGACCUUUUACAUCCAGAGUCUGAUGCAGAAAUCCGCCCUCAAGUUUCAACCUAUGCUACAAACACUACAGGUGGAGGUGGAGGUAUCGGCUCUAAUCGGUUUAGUAGAUUCUCCAGUUGGAAAUCACUUACCCGUGCAACAGCCAGGCUCAUCCAAAAGGCCAGAGCCUACUCCAAAAAUACAGACCAUAAACAGAGAAUGGGUGAGCUUCCUCAAGCAAAACUCAUAAUAAUGAGAAGCGUACAACAGGACUUCUUUAAAGAGGAAAUUCAAAACAUCUCAAAGGGUGAAGAAGUCUCAAGACACAGUUCAAUCAGAAGUUUGGAUCCCAUCGUAGAUGAUAAUGGUUUGCUGAGAGUUGGAGGUCGAAUAUCGUCAGCAGACAUGUCCUGGGAAGAAAAGCAUCCAAUCCUUCUUCCAAAAAACCAUCAUGUCUCUACUCUGCUGGUAAGACAUUAUCAUGAACAAGUUGCUCACCAAGGACGACACUUCACUGAAGGUGCAGUUCGUACAGCUGGACUGUGGAUAACAGGAAGUAAGAGAUUGGUGUCAAGUGUGAUUCACAAAUGUGUGAUCUGCAAAAGAUUAAGAGGAAAGUUGGAAGAACAAAAAAUGUCUGACUUACCUCUGGACAGAUUCACCAUGGAUCCUCCGUUCACGAAUGUUGGACUUGACGUUUUCGGACCUUGGACCAUCUCGUCGCGCAGAACCAGAGGUGGUCAAGUAGAAAACAAACGCUGGGCAGUUAUGUUCACUUGUCUGAGUACACGAGCAGUGCAUAUUGAGGUUGUAGAGACCAUGUCAACCUCCAGCUUCAUCAAUGCUUUGAGGAGAUUCACCGCUAUCAGAGGUCCUGUAAGUCUGCUCCGUUCUGAUAGGGGCACAAACUUCGUUGGAGCUUGCAAAGAACUGCAAAUAAACUCAGAGGAUCCUGAGCUAAAAGCUCACCUGCAAGAAAAAAGUUGCACCUGGAUAUUCAAUCCUCCACACUCCUCUCACAUGGGUGGAGUGUGGGAGAGGAUGAUCGGUGUUGCACGCCGCAUUUUGGAUGCCAUGCUAUUGAAGGAGAACUCUCGCCUCACUCAUGAAGUGCUUGUGACUCUCAUGGCUGAAAUCAUGGCAAUCAUGAAUGCAAGACCUCUUGUUCCAGUGUCCUCUGAUCCAGGGAUGCCAGCUGUUCUCACACCAGCAAUGCUGCUCACUCAGAAGAUUGAUCCAGUAUCUGCUCCUCUGGGGAACAUGGAUCUCAAAGAUCUUUAUAGCAAGCAAUGGAGGCAAGUCCAAAGCCUCGCUGAAACUUUCUGGAGACGCUGGAAGCAAGAGUACUUGGAGACGCUCCAACCCCGUAAGAAGUGGAAAUCCGAAAGACCGAACCUGCAAGUUGGAGAUGUGGUACUCCUUAAAGACACUCAAGUUAAAAGGAAUGAGUGGCCCACAGGUGUUAUUGCGGAAACCAUCCCCAGUCGUGAUGGCAGGAUUCGGAAAGUCAAUGUGAAGAUCAUGAGACAGGGUACUCCCAAGGUGUAUUCAAGACCUGUUUCAGACAUUGUGCUGCUUCUCAGUAAUGGGCCAUAGUGGUAUUAUUUAAUACCAGGCGGGGAGUGUUCUGCCCCUCUUUGUGUUGCAUUAGAGACAUCUAGUGGUGUAAAUUUAUAUUGCAUUUGAGUUCUCAUAUUUAGUCCCUCCUCUCUUGCCGUUGUUUUUGCCCGUGUGCUUCUGACUCUGAUCUACUGAGAGGUCUCGCAGCAGUUACUCUUUUCUCUUUGCCUUGGUAGUUUUUGAAGGUCUAAGUCUUUUUACAAAAUUGGAAAGAUCCUUACUAAAGGCCUCUCUCUACUCCGGUUUCCUGGGUCUUUAUUUAUUGGGUCUUAUGUUAGCUAUCUGCUACGCUAACCGAUCAAAGCAA